UACGCACAACUCGGUUUGCUUCACUAGCUGAUACGACUCUGAGUAUUUUGCAGAGUAUCAAAGUCUGUUUAUGUUGCAGUGGCUGUUUGUUAUUUCCAGGCGGUGACUGAAACCAGGCAACGGCACGUGGGUGCCAAGACGGGCGUCGGUGUGACACGACCGCGCUUCACAGCCUUGUCUGCCUGGCUUCCUCCCCGCUACCUGCCGCCCAACUUCCUUCGCUUUGUUAGCAAACUCGUGCGGACUUCCACCCAGGUCCAACAUGGCGACUCCCAAAAGGCGCCGAAGCGAGCAAGAAGAUGUCACCACCCCCGCAAACGACAAUGAGAACGUCAACAACUCUCCAGCCAGCGAGAGAGCGCUUCGCAUACCUGAGCUUCUGGAGAUGAUCCUGUUGCAACUGCCGAUGAAAGACCUCCUCCUUGCUCAACGUGUCAGCAAACGCUGGCAACACUCCAUCCAAUCCUCCAUCAACCUUCGCAGGGCCCUCUUUGUGGACCCGGUGGCGUGUAGUCCUGUGAGCUAUCUCGAUUGGCGCCUAGACGACAAAGAUUGCUACCGCCACAAGAAACUUAACCUCGGAGAGCACCUCCGCGGUCCAGAUCGUAAUGACAAACCCAAGAUCUAUCCGACGCACUGGGGCAAGACAAGCGAUGACGCCGGCAAGUACAACGUCUUCGUCAACCCGCUGCUAGCCAAGCUCUACCCCGUGCUGGCGGCGGACGGGCUGUACUGGAGCGAGACGUUGGAAGAUUUGCCAGCCGCUGCUCAGCACGAAGAGGCUUCCUGGAAAAAGAUGUACAUUACUCAACCGCCGGUGAACUGCAUGACGAUGGAACGGGACUCUGCAGUCGACGACUCUACCGAUGCUGACUGGACGAUCAAGCAGCUGCAGUACACUGAAGGACUUGACAUGGACGACGUCUGGAUAUGGCUGACGCACCGGGCUCAAACGGUGUGGAUCGAAGGGAGGCACUUGUGGAAGGAGUACACUGGGUCUCGCGAUCUCUCGCGGGUCGAGCAGAGAGGUGGAAGGUGAUUGUUGCCUGCUACCAAUGACGUUACGAAAGGUACGAGCGAGUUGAAAGGUGAAGAGUGCGAGAAGGGAUUUAGAGCAGGCGACAG